UCCCCAUUCUUUCCGAGCCCUUUUUCUUCUACAGCAUUAUACUGGAAAAUGGAAAUACUAAUUUGAUAAUCUUGUUGCUUUCUAUUUAUUUUUCACUCUUCACACACGCAUUUCAUACGGCAUUGGCGUAUAACUUUGUAAUUACUACUAUUUCUGACCAAAACUGCAAAUUUUCUUCUUCUUUUUCUUCUUCAAGAAAAGAGGAUUUGGGCUGGCUUGUUUCCUGUUCAGGCCCAAACUAUGUUCUAAACCAUCCUCACAAUUCAGUUCAUUUGCUUUAGAUUAUAGUGUUUCAUGUGUGGGAAUCCGAUGGGUGAUGAUAAUGAUGAUGAUGCUUUGUCUGAGAUUUCUGCUCUAAAAGAUGCACUGUGUGAUCAGCAGGAGCUUCUGCAGAAGCUCUACAAUGAGUUGGAUGCAGAGAGGGAGGCCUCUGCCUGCGCUGCCAGCGAGGCGCUGGCUGUGAUCCUGCGGCUUCAGGGGGAGAAGGCGGCGGUGAAGAUGGAGGCCGAGCAUUACAAGAGGCUUGCGGAGGAGAAGAUAUGGCACGCUGAGGAAUCUCUAGCCAUGGUUGAAGAUGCAGUUUAUCAGAAGGAAAUGGAGGUGGCUGCAUUGGACUAUCAAGUGCAGGCCUGUAGGUAUAAGUUGUUGAGGAUUGGUUAUGUUGAUCACGGCUUCAAUGGGGAGACGAGCCGCAUGCCAUGUAGGGGGAAGGCGGUUGAGGAAAUGUAUGUGGAUUCGGGGAAAAAGAUCGAUAGCUAUUGGGUGAAGAUUAGGAGGUUGAAUGAGAGGGUGAAGGAGAUUGCGGGAGGGAGGAGUGAGACACGGUCUCCCUCUUCGUCCGUGUCUUCUCGUGUGAGUAGAGCGAGUUUGUGUGAUUCUACGACGAAUGAGGGCAGUUUGUGUCAACCAAACAAGAUGAUGGAUGGAAAUGGUAAGGAUAAGAGUUUAUAUUGUGUAGCUGCUACUGAUAAUUCUUGUUCAACGAGCACUCAUGACGUGUUUGAAGUUCCACAAGCUGAAGGGAGGUGUGAACCGAUGGAGAAGGAUGAAAUCAAGAAUUUUGAAAGAGAAAAUGUCGUUUUGCCAGAGGUUGUGAAGUUGUGUGCUAGAGACGAGCCCAAGUGGCUCAAUAUGAUGUUGCAGUCGAGCCAAGCGAGUGAUGUUGAGUGUCGUUUGGUUGUUGCACCGCCAGAAACAAGCACUGCUCAGUUUAAUAGGAUGCUGAGUAAAGUUGAUAUGAGAUCAGAGAUUGUUGAAGAUGACAGACCAGUAAAAUGUAGCACUAACAGAGAAGCACUGAACUUGUUGAAUGAGAUAUCUGAAAAGGUGAAUUUGUUGCAUGAUGAAAUCAGGAGUUUGAAGGCGAAGAAGGCAUCCUAAGAAGAAGAAGAAAGAAGAAGACUUCUAGCAGAGGAAAUGCUCUUCUUUUGGCUCUGACCUUGUGAUGGAAGUUGAGAUCUGCUGAUUUCAUUGAAGCGUUGAUUUUAGAUUUUUGUGGGUUGUGAUGUGGAUUUUGGUUGCAGCUGCAUAGUUCUUUUGUACAUAAUGUAUACAUAUAACAAGAAUGUCUUCUCUCUCAA